GUACCAGGCUGCUGAGACUGGGCCAUCUCCUCCUCACUUCCAUCCUGACCGAAGUCUGUGGCUCUGAUUCCACACCUGAGGGACUCAGGAUGCUGCUUCUGGGAGCUGUUCUACUGCUACUAGCCCUGCCCAGUCAUGGCCAGGAAAACAUUGAAGUGCCUGAAGUCCUUCCCAUCCCCAAGGGGGCCUGCGCAGGUUGGAUGGCAGGCAUCCCGGGGCAUCCUGGCCACAACGGGACUCCAGGCCGUGAUGGCAGAGAUGGCACCCCUGGCGAGAAGGGUGAGAAAGGAGAUCCAGGUUUUGCUGGUCCUAAGGGCGACACCGGUGAAACUGGAGUGACUGGGGUUGAAGGUCCCCGAGGCUUUCCAGGAAUCCCAGGCAGAAAAGGAGAACCUGGAGAAAGUGCCUAUGUAUACCGCUCAGCAUUCAGUGUGGGACUGGAGACCCGGGUCACCAUUCCCAACGUUCCCAUUCGCUUUACCAAGAUCUUCUACAAUCAGCAAAGCCACUAUGAUGGUACCACUGGCAAAUUCUACUGCAACAUUCCCGGGCUGUACUACUUCUCCUACCACAUCACAGUUUACUUGAAGGAUGUGAAGGUCAGCCUCUACAAGAAGGACAAGGCCGUGCUCUUCACCUAUGACCAGUUCCAGGACAAGAACGUGGACCAGGCCUCUGGCUCUGUGCUCCUCUAUCUGGAGAAGGGUGACCAGGUCUGGCUCCAGGUGUAUGGGGAUGGAGAGAACAAUGGGGUCUAUGCAGAUAAUGUCCAUGACUCCACCUUCACAGGCUUCCUUCUCUACCAUGACAUUGAAUGAGCACCACUAACUCAGAGCCUCAACUGGGCCAAGCAGCCUGGAGUCAAAGAACAGUCCACAGGUCUUCAGUGUAGUUAGGAGACUGACUUUAUUAACUAGUUGGAGGACUAUGAACAUUAUUCAUUCAUUCAUUCAUCAAGUACCUUUUCAAAAAAUCAUAUACCGUAUUCCCAGACAGUCCUGAAGAAGACACAUCCCUUGGCCUCAAAAAUCUAUCAUGUAGUGGUAAUACUAGAAGGAUGGUAACAUCUACUGGGGAGUUUCAAAACGUGACAAGAUAACGAACUACAAGAAAGUAUUUGACAGUGCUACUCUGUGCCCACUGUUUUUCCUUAUGUUCAUGCCAAUCUUGUGAAGUACACAGGAAAGAUACUAUUCUCCUCUUUUUACACUUGGGGUCCUGAGGAUGAGAGAGUUAAGUGAAUGCCUAAAGUCACACAGGCAUUUAGCGGCAGAGUUAGAGAUCCAACCCAGGGCCGUGGGCCUUUUCCAGUAUACAGUGCCCGUUUUAAGGAGUGUAUGGCCUUUUGGAGGGUAUUGGUAGGGGUCUCUCACCCAGCUUGCCUGAGGGCCUUUGGACUGGCCUUCACCAUGCAUUAAACCUUUCCCCAGUAGUGCUCCCUCGGAGAAGGUGGUUCUAUGACUACGUCCCUUUCCAAAUGGACUACUCAGCAGCUCCUGCACUACUCCGUACUUCCUCUUCUCUGUGUCUUUCCUCAUGCUCUUCUCUCUGGCCCAGCAAGUCGACUCCAUCUCCAUAUGUUGACAUCUUCCUUGUUUCUCAAGUCCACCUGGUCAGGAAGCUUCUCUGAUGUGAUGUCUCUUUCCUGCAAGCCUUCCUCACACCUGUGUCCCUCUACAUGUUACCCUGGAUAAGAGUCCUAGGUCUGUGAAACAUCCUCCCACAGACCAGGGACAACUGCCUAGAAAGGACUGUGCUUCCUUCAUCCCAAGUCCCCUUGUAGGUCCUUGAUAAAUGCCUCAUGAAGAGCAAGCACUGGAACCUCAUAUCUACCCAGAGUUAACUCCAUUUCAGUCUCUCCAUAUAACUAAUCCCUAUCUAAGAAAACAGUUUCAUUUUAGGAACUCCUUGAUUUUAAACACCCAAUCUUUGUUCCACUGGACAGCUUGAAUCUUUUCCACUGAGGUUCGGGAUGACUGUGCUUUCUAGAACACUCAAAGAAUUUUCCCUCAAGGAAGUAGCUUGAGCCUUCAAUGCAAAACCCAUGAAGGAAUUUGGAAACCAUUCUUUCUUUGAGCACCAACAGGGUCUGGGAAGACCUGGGCUUCCUGAAUCUACUCAUGUUCUUUAAGAAUUAUAAAGAAAGAAAGAAAAGGAAAAAAGAACAGGUAACUGUCUGAGGUGAUAGAUACGUUAAUUAGCUUGAUUGUGAUGAAUAUUUCACAACAUAUAACUAUAUCAAAUCAUCAAAUUGUACACCUUAAAUAUACACAUUUUUAAUUGUCAAAUAUUCCUCAAGAAAAAGGGGGGUGGAUUACAGAUGAUUGAUGGUGGUAAACAUCCUCUCAGGAGACAAUAGCUUGAGAGCUGCUCUUCAAAGAUUUUAGCCAAAGCAGAGCUAAUACCAUUCUGUAUAAACGUAGAAAUGGAAAACUUAGUUUUUUGCUUCCAGUUUUAAAUUCUGAAUGAUUUUCUUUUAUAUGUGUAUGGCUAUUCCUUAGGUGAUUAUUAUUUCUGCCUAUAAAGCUUUGGUUUAUAAAAUGUUUGUAUAUCAUUAUUUUCUACAAGUAAAGAUACUGUCGUUCAGCAUUAAAAGUAGAAGCACC